GGCUGUUUUGAAGUGGCGAUGUGACGUGCCGGACGUGAUGCGGAGAGCUCAGAGAAGUUAACCCUCCCUCAUAAACUUAGGUUUCACUUUUUGCAGCCAUGCCAGUGUGGUUUAUGUUAGCGAAGCAAAAUGCCAACGGACCACACUGUCUGAGUGUAAGCAGCUGGGAAUUUACCGCCGCACCGCGUCUGUCUGAGCGCCGAGCAGGAGAAGCUUGGUGAAAGAGGAUGGAUGGAGUCAGCUGGAGCACCACGAGGGCCCCAGAGUCAUUCAGCCGAUCCGGGACAGCAGCAGACACGCUGUCCAAGCUGGCCAGUUUCAUCGCACGGGCUGAGACUAAACAGCACACACGAAACCAGAGGCAGCAGGCAUCCCACCUAGCCACAUAUGUUUGUCAAGAAUGUGGUAAGGGCUUCUCUUAUGCGACAGAUCUAUUGCACCACCAGGAACUGAAGCACACAUUACCCAAGCCUCAUCGGUGUCCCUCUUGUGGGCAGGAGUUCUCCCUGAGGUCGUCCUUACAGCUACACAAGUGUGAUCGUGAUCCCUCCCUGUGUGAGCUUUGUUACGGAGAAUCGCGGCUUGGUUCUCCAUGUGCUGCGUGUUCAACUCACACCACGGAUCCAGGCAGGCCGCAGGACAAGUCCCCUCACCGGCAGCCUCACCUCUUGGACGGUAGCCCUUAUGCAUGUGCCCCGUGUGGGAGGGGCUUUAGCCAGAAGCAAGCUCUGCUGCAUCAUCAGCAGGCUGGUUGCAGCGAACCACCGUCGCCGUCAGAUAUGGCUGAUGCCAGCAGCCUUCCGGAUGAUUCUCCACCGGUUUCUGAGGGAGACUCUACCCGCUCCGAUUCGGAGUCCAGCAGGGGAGCUGUCAAUAUGUGCCAGUUAUGUUCGCGAAGCUUCCGCACAGAGGCUGGACUGCAGCGCCACAAACAUACGAGCCACGCAGAGGAGCAGCGGAUAGCUCCACAGGGGCAAAAGACCAAAGGAGAAGGCACUGGUGGAGAAGCGUGGAAAGGAAGGAAUACCAAGGUGAAUGGAGAUGCAAUACAAAGGCCAAAAUCCAAAACGAAGCUUCUGAACUGCCGCUCUUGCGACAUGGUUUUCAGGAGCACCUCUAAGCUGUACCUGCACAGAAAGGAGAAGCACAGCAGAGAGAAAAACAUCCGGAGAGAGCCAAGGCCAGUCAUCAGCAAGCGCAGGAGGGGAGGCGCGUAUCCAUGUCAGGUCUGCGGUAAAAUCUUCGUCCAUCAUUUGUCACUUAGGGCACAUUACAGACAGCACACAGCCUCUGGCUUUACCACAAUCAAAGACAAAAGCCAGUCUGAAGGGUGCACCACCAAAGACUCCAAGUUAUCAGAAAAUAGACCAAAUAAAGAAAAAACCAGUCUAGCAGGUAACAAGACUGUUAGGGCUGGUCCAGGGAGGCCCAGGAAAGUGGCCAGAGUAGAGAACAAGAGGACUGAACCAGGGGGAUGCAGAGAAGUGCCUGAAGUGAAGGGGGAGGAGGAGGAGGAGGAGGAAGAGGAGGAGGUUGAGAGAGAGUUCCCAUGCCCCUCCUGUGCAGAGGUUUUCUCUGUGCAGUCGCAGCUACGGGAGCACGUAGAGCUCCAUCAGUCGUCGGUGAAGAGGAGACAGUGCAGCGUGUGCACCAACGAGAUGGACACCUGUAAGUGGCCGGGAUCAAAGAGACACAGGCUGUACCAUUGCGUGCCCUGCCAGCAGGGCUUCUCAGCACUGGACUCUUUCCUAGAACACUGUCAGGAGCACCUGCGAGUCCGGGUGGAGGAGGACAGCAUCACAGAGGGCUACACACAUCAGGCCAACAAAACCUGAGAUUCAGUUUGAAUGUCAUCGACGAUUGCCUUUUUGCCUUGAAGGGUUAGAGAGCAGAGAUGUUGAUAAAGCAGUUCAUUGAUUGAGCAUCCUGAACAUAUUUUCAAACCCACGCUGUUGGUUAAAUGUUAUCCAUACCAACAUAUCAAGGGUGAAAGAGAAUGGAUUGUUAAAGGACCAUACCGGGGUUUUUGCAUUUAUUGCUUGUACUAUAAGUCACACAUACUUCACUGCCAACCAUUUUCUAAAGCAUACCACACUUCUUUUCACAUUUUCAAAUGUUUUCUACAUUGUAGCAGCCAUAUGUUUCUUUUUCAUUGCAGUAUGUAAAUUGAUUUGUGAGAGUUAGUUAACAUUUAAUUUUAAAGGUCCAG